GCAUCUGGAGGGGCCGGAGCGCGUCUCUCUCACAUGCCCCGCGGACGAGGGGCUGAUUCUCGCCGCUCCUCGCGCACGUCCCUUUCUCCCCCUCCCCAACCACCACCACCCAACCAACCCCUCCUCCUCCACCUCCUCCCCAUUACCCGCCCCCCAAAAUCUCCGUUUUGAGUCCCGCAUCCCGGUCUCCAUGCUCUGGGAGGCAUCUUUUCAUUCCCCUGGCAACAUGGACUCCGGAUCCUCCUCAUGGCAGUCCUGGUAAGCAGUGGGAUGGAGGCGGGCGGCCACAGCUACUUGGUGGCUUGCUGGCAGCCCAUCCUGAUCCUGAUGCUGGGCACCGUCCUGUCCGGAUCCACCACCGGUUGCCCGUCGCGAUGCGACUGCAACGGUCACGAGCGCUCGGUCGCGUGCCACCGACGGAGACUGGCGGCGCUCCCCGAGGGCAUACCCACGGAAACGAAGCUGCUGGACCUGAGCAAGAACCGCCUGAAGACUCUGGGGACCGAGGAGUUCAUCGAUUACCCUCAGCUGGAGGAGCUGCAGCUCAACGAGAACACCAUUUCGUCCAUCGAGCCCGGGGCUUUCGGCAACCUCAUGAACCUUCGAACUCUAGGCUUGCGCAACAACCAGCUCAAGCUCAUUCAGCUGGGGGUGUUCACGGGCCUGACCAACCUCACCCAGCUGGACAUCAGCGAGAACAAAAUUGUCAUUCUGCUUGACUAUAUGUUCCAGGAGCUUUACAACCUGAGGGCGCUGGAGGUGGGCGACAACGACCUCGUAUUCAUCUCACCCCGAUCAUUUCACGGCCUCAGCAACCUUGAAAGCCUCAACAUUGAGGGAUGCAAUCUGCCCUCGGUGCCCACGAAUGCUCUCAGCCAUCUGCAUAACCUGCUGUCACUUCGAUUGCGCUAUCUCAACGUCACCGUCAUGAGGGAUUACUCCUUUAAGAGGCUGUACCGGCUCAGAGAGCUGGAGAUUUCCCAAAUGCCUGCGCUGGAUACCAUGACCGGAAAAUGCUUGUUUGGACUCAACCUCACGUCGUUGUCCGUCACAAACUGCAAUCUUACCGGCAUCCCCUACCAAGCCAUCAGUCACCUGACAUAUCUCCGCUUUCUGAAUCUAUCGUUCAAUCCCAUUCACACCGUGGAAGGGAACAAACUGUUCCAUCUCCAGAAGCUUCAGGCUUUUCAUUUGGCCGGUGGGAGGGUGGGUGCCAUUGAGCCCUACUCUUUCCGAGGACUCAACCACCUCCGUGUACUCAAUGUAUCAAGCAAUAGCCUGAGCACCCUGGAGGAGUCCGUCUUCCACUCAGUGGGGAACCUGGAGACUCUGGCGUUGUACGACAACCCGUUGGCCUGCGACUGUCGCUUGCUCUGGGUCUUCCGCCGGCGGUGGAGGCUCAACUUCAACAGACAGCAGCCCAUGUGCGCUUCGCCCGAGGUUGUUCAAGGAAAAGAGUUCAAGGACUUCCCAGACAUUCUCCCACCCGACUAUUUCGUCUGCCAGAAAUCAAAGAUCAUGGAGUAUAAGGUCCAAGAGAGCCACGUGGAUGAAGGGACUUCCGUUCAUUUCACUUGCCAAGCUGAGGGCGAUCCGGUCCCUGUGAUAAUGUGGCUUUCCCCUAAGAAGGACUACAUCACGACCAAAACUGCGGGGUCAAGACUUUCGGUUGCUAGCGAGGGCACAUUGGAGGUCCGUUACGCCCAGAUCCAAGACAACGGCACCUACUUGUGCAUCGCGAGCAAUGCAGCGGGAAACGACACCAAAGCUGCCCACCUUUUUGUGCAUAGCUCCUCCCCCAAUUGGCCCCACCAGCCAAACAAGACAUUUGCCUUCAUCUCCAACCAGCCCAGCGACGAAGGUUCCAAUGUGACCCGGGCCUCGGUUCCAUUUCCGUUUGAUGUGAAGACCCUCAUCAUCGCAACCACCAUGGGAUUUAUCUCUUUCCUCGGAGUCGUGCUGUUCUGUCUUGUAAUAUUGUUCCUGUGGAGUCGAGCGAAACACAAUGUAAAGUCAAGUAUAGAGGUUGAACAUGUGCCGCCACGUAAAGAGGAGCCAGAGGAGGCCAGUCCAACCGAGGCACCCGUACAAUUCAACAUGAAAAUCAUGUGAACCUCAACUGGAGGCCGUGUUAAACUUACAAACUGCGGUUGAGAUGCACACUAUCUUCGCUUCAAAUAUGUACUCCGUUCAUCAGCGAUAGAAACUGCACAGCAGUAAACGCAUCUUGACACUAUACCCUUGACUUUCUUCUUCUUUCUUUUUUUUACUUCAGGGACUGAAUCUUUAAAAGCAAAUGUUGAAUUUACAAAAUUCUAAUUUCUGUAAAUUUGUGUUGGCAAUACUCAAAUCAAUGUGUUAACAUGCACUCUACCACCCGAUUACUGUGUUUAGCCAAAUGUAAGGUAAAGGUUAUAGUAAAGCACACGGAUCACAGCUGUUAGAAUUAUCAAAAAUUAACAUGAUAGACGAAGGACGUGGAGAUUAGUCUGCAGGGACAAUCUUUCUAUGAGCACAAUUUAAGAGAAAUGUCUUGUUGUUGGGAUCUCGGUGCUGUAUUUUGCUUUAAACAAAGCACAAUAACCCAGUUCUGUUGCUUAAAAUACUUGAAGAAAUGUCUGCAUUUGAAUAUUGUCCCAUCAAGUAAUUGACGAGUAUGACGUGGGGUUGUAUUAGAUACAUAUACAAAAGAAAAGAGAUCGAGAAUAUUGUCAUAUUUUAAGAAAAUAAAGAUGUACUUUCAAGAAAGAAGUCAUAUAAUUACAAACAUAAAUGUAAAAUAUUAAAGAGACAAAAAUAACAGUAUUAUAUGUCUUAAGUAAUAGUUUUGGGAGAAAAUAUCUUCAUAUGUUGAGAUAUUAGAUGUAAUAAUGUAAGAAUAUUUUCUUUUUUAUAUCUUUUUUGAUUUCAAUUCUCCGAAAAGUAUUUUUUAUUUAUUUGUAUUAAGGCCUUGAUGUUUUACCCUGCACACUUUUACGCUGCUGUCUCAAGGAAAACAUUUCCAAGAACAUCAGCACAGUAGCCCGUAUAUCCAUUACUUGUCAUGGAUAUGCAAUGUUGUCAAUAAGCCUUCAAUUUUCCUACAUAUCAGUUAUACUAACUGGAGUAUUUUUAAAUAUGGAAACAGUAAAAUUGGAAAUCUGUGCAUGUUAACACACUGAGGAAAAGAAACAGAAGCCAGUCCCACAAUAUGUGCUCCUUUAUGCCAACAAAGAAAGUUUGUCAUUAAAUGUAUUAACAUGUCCAGCUAUACAUAUUUUGUUCUGUAUUUUAUUCUUUCCUUGUAUAUUAUGAUAUGGCACAAUAGUAAUGGCUGUGAGUUUUGAACAUAUUACAGUCUAAAGAGCAGAUUGAGAUGAAGUGAAGUCUUUUUGACUCUUGAAUAUCAUCAGAUUAACACAUUUUUAACACGGUUACUUUGUUUAUCCAUUUAGCACCUCAAUGAGUGUUUGCACUCUCCAAGUCCCGAGGAUAUAUCGUCGCCGGUGCGUCUAAAAAAAAAAUGCUGACACGACAAGUUAUUUUUGGCUUUAAGGAACCCAUUUUUCAGCAUUCAGGCUGAGCACUACCCAAUAUUUAUGCGUUAAAUGGAGUUGCGUGCCAUUGGGAUUUUAUGUUGUCUAAUUAAUUUCUCAGUCAAGGUCUGCUCUGAAAAUAAUAUGUUCAUUAACUCUUAAAUACAUGUUUAUAAUGGGACGGGCAGAUGGAAAUUCUAUUAAAAUAAAUAACAUUUUCUACUA